AUGUCGGAGCAUCUUAAACUGAACCUUAGUGUGCCUCCGUUGGAAGAAGCCGAGACAUUAGUGAGGCGUAUGUCAGGUGUAUGCCUAUCAGCAGCCAAUACAGCUGGAUGGCCUUCUUCCAAGGAUGAAAAGGUCCUCAAAUUGGUCACAUUUUCAUUGCAAAAGUAUCUCAAGGAACCUGAUUUCGCUACCGAAUUUCUUGAACGAGGUGGUCUUGAAGCUCUUUGUGACAUUAUCGACAAGGUCAGCGGCAACACACUCGCCUAUGCACUCAAUUCCUUUACGGCUCUCAUUGAACAAGAUGACAAUGUGAUUCGAUACGCAUUCACGGACGCAUUCGUUGCUCGCAUUGCCGACAUUGUCGUCUCAGAGACGCUGGCCACCAUUUGUCGACCAGCCACCUCGAUCCUCAUUCAAACGAUCAGCAACAAGAAUGCCACCUGUGGAUACAAGCAAGUGAUGCAACAGCAGCCUGAAAGCCUUGUCAGCGUCUUGAUCCAACGUUUGCAAAGUUCGGAUUACAUCCUUUGCUUGAACAGCUUAACACUCUUGGUAUCCCUUCUUCAACAUGUGCCUGAUGAACAUCGAAGUCGACUUUUGGAGCUGAUGGAUCGACACAAGGCCUAUAAAUACGUUCAUCGGUUGAUGAACAAUGACCCCACGGAAGAUGUCAGGGAGCAAUUACUCAAGUUUCAAUCGGCGAUUGUCCACAAUGCAAAUAGACGAUGCAAGACUCAGAUCUCCAUGCAACAUCCACGCCACGUACAAAUGCUGCAAACGAUAUGGACAAUAGCCAAAGUACAACACGUCUCAGUAUCAGGUGCAAAGAAAUGGAGAAAACUUGGAUUUUCGUCAGAGACCCCUCAUCGUGAGUUUGGACAAGUGGGUGUGUUUGGUCUGGAACGUAUGCACGCCUUUGCCAACCAAAAUCAGAAUUUGUUCGCCAAAAUGGUAUUGGAACAAGUCCAUCGAGCUGAUGAUAAACGAUGUCCUUUUGCCAAGGCUAGCAUUGAAGUCACUGAAUUGCUUUGUAGUCAAUGGAAUAUCAGUACAGGAUAUUCGGCAGUUGACUUUGAUCCUCUUUUGCUGCAUUUUGAUCAUGUCCAUGCUACAACAUUGCAAUGCUUUUGGCGCCUCUUUCAAGAAAUGAAUGGUACAACGAGUGAUUUUUCCAAAGUAUCAGCCUUGGUGAGGAGUCAGCUUCGAGCAACCAUGAUGGGUGAUGAAGGAGCAAGGGAUAUCUUUGAAUUCGAUCGUUUGAUGCUCGAUACACCGUAUGCCGUUAUUCGUGAUCGCAGGUUAAAAGAGCUGGAAUGGGCUGAUGAUUUGUGUAGCCGAAUCGCUAUCCGAAAUUUACGAAGUCGAUUGAAUCGACAAUCAUACGAUUUCCUUAGACGACAACGCAUUGGAUGUUUAUUACAAGGCGCUUGGUUUCCAUAUCCUACGAGUCAUCGAUUUAUAGCAGCCAGCAGCACUUCCAGUCUUAAUAGCAGCAUCCAUGCAGUUGGCAGACGAUGGCGAUAUUACAAGCUAUGUCCAAGCAAAAAGUACCUUCAAUAUGGUGAUUUCACUGAAAGAUACCCACCCGUUAUCGACACCUUCGAAUCGCUUCCACACAAAGUCGAUCUUGGUGAAGUCGCCACUAUCCAACCUUUCCAACGAAGAUCAUCAGCUAUAUCACUAAGCGGUGGCGAAUCAUCCACAUCAUCCAAUCCAUCCUUUGCUUUAUUUUCAGAAGAGCAUCUACCACUAGCCGAGUUCAUAUGUGCAUCACGAGAGCAGGCAUCCGAAUGGAAAGAUGGAUUCAGCAUGCUGCUCCACAAGGGUAUAUCUACCAAGGAGACAUCCGAUUAUCUUCAUUCACUCGCUGAUAUCGGCAUCAAGGUCAAACUAUUGCAGAUUGCUGGUGAUCGUAUUGAAGUACCCCAUGGCCAUAUGGAUGCACCCCCUGUACCUCCAGGUCUUGGAUCUGGAUUCUUUUAUUCAUCAUCAUCAUCGUCGUAG